UUUUAUGAACGAAGUACUUUAUUUUUUGUAUUGAAUUUAUUUCUUUUCAUUUCUACUAAUUUGUCAUUUCGGGCGAGUGUUUGGCGCCGUUGUGGCUGUGGAGUGGGGGCGUCCAAAGGUUCGGUGCGACGAUCAGCUAUUUUCGCGAAGCGGUCAUUCAGUCACAGUUUGGGAUCAGACGCGUGACGUGUGUCGUGAAUAGUCGCAUCGGCAUCGGUUGACGUGAGUUGACGCGUUUACUACUACGAGAAACACGCGUAGUUAAUUUAUUACGAUGAAAGUGUAAAAAUACAAUACUUUCCUUUUGUAAUUAUAGUUUAUUAUCGUUAGGUGUUUACAAUUGUAGCAAGGUGAAACAACCAGUCAUUCCACCGGAAAAUAUGGCCGAUAAACCGCAAGGAUCCCCAGUUGACGAAAAUAAGAAGGAAGAAGUAGACGAGGAGAAGAAAAUAACCGUGACUGUUAAAACACCCAAAGACAAGGAAGCGAUUAGGGUUGCUGAAGAUGCUACCAUUAAAGAGUUUAAAGAACUGGUCGCUGCGAAAUUCAAAGCUGAUGUUGAUCAGUUGUGCCUAAUCUUUGCUGGCAAGAUUAUGAAAGACCAAGAUACUUUGCAAACACACAACAUUAAAGAUGGGUUAACUGUACAUCUUGUAAUUAAGACUGCACCACGUCCUUCGGACUCGGGACCUUCGCGGCCUCCCGCCGACAUAAGCGCCACACCUUUCAAUCUUGGAAGCUUGGGAGGCCUGGCCGGAUUAGAAUCGUUAGGUAUGGGAUCAGUAAAUUUUAUGGAGCUACAAAAUAGAAUGCAAUCGGAACUGUUGGGUAAUCCGGAACUAUUGAGGCAAGUCUUAGACAAUCCGCUAGUGCAACGUUUAAUGAACGAUCCCGAUCACAUGCGUACGCUUAUAACGAGCAAUCCGCAAAUGCAAGAACUGAUCGAUCGCAAUCCCGAAAUAAAUCACAUGCUCAGCAAUCCGGAGCUGCUGCGCCAAACUAUGGAGUUGGCGCGCAACCCGUCUAUGUUGCAGGAGCUUAUGCGUAGUCACGAUCGUGCAAUUAGUAACUUAGAGAGUAUACCCGGUGGAUACAAUGCAUUGCAACGAAUGUAUCGAGAUAUACAGGAACCCAUGUUGAACGCGGCUUCCGAACAAUUUUCGCGUAACCCAUUUGCCGGCCUUGUUGAGUCAAAUACAACUGGAAAUCCACAGCAAGGUACGGAGAAUAGGGAUCCACUGCCUAAUCCGUGGUCCGACCAGCGGGGAGCUGACCCAAACACCACGACCAGGCCACGAUCGACGCUGUCGAAUCCUAACAUGGCGAGCUUGCUGCAACAGUUAUCAGAAAAUCCGCAACUUGUUCAAAACAUGUUGUCGGCGCCUUACACGCAGAAUAUGCUGCAAGCGAUGUCUGCGGAUCCCUCAAUAGCGAACUCGAUUAUGCAACAGAAUCCUCUAUUAUCUGGCAAUCCUGGACUGCAACAGCAGGUGCGCACGAUGUUACCACAGUUCCUUCAGCAACUGCAAAAUCCCGAAGUUCAGAAUCUUAUGACGAAUCCCCAGGCACUUAAUGCUCUUUUACAAAUUCAACAAGGAAUGGAAACUUUAAGACAGACUGUGCCUACUGUUAUGAAUUCUUUAGGAAGUACUAAUCUACCUUCGUUUACCCCAACCACAACUACAAACACUACUACUCCUACACAAGAAAGUGCACCUACUACAACAACUCCCCCGGGAGGAGUCGCAACAAGUACGACCCCUACCGUACCGCCAAUUCAAAAUGCAGAUAGCUUCUCGGAGUUUAUGGCUCGAAUGGUCGCCGGAUUAGCCGUACAGCAAGAUAAUAGUUUACCGCCAGAGCAAAGAUACCAAACCCAGCUGGAACAGCUAGCGGCGAUGGGCUUUGUAAAUCGUGACGCCAACCUGCAAGCGCUUAUAGCCACCUUUGGGGAUAUCAAUGCAGCUAUUGAAAGGCUACUAGGACAGGAGAUGUCGACAAGUUAACCUACUUCAAGAUGAGACCUUACAUACAUGCCCACCUUUGCUGUUGUAUUAUCUACAUUGUGGUAAAGUUUAUGUUAUGUCCAUAUUCCAAUACGUAUUGUUCUUUGUUCAUUGGUUUUAUCUACGUUUGACCCCGAUAAGACCAGGUUUAUUUUUUCUCAUUACUUUUAUUAUAUCCCACGCGUAGUAUAGUACAUAACCUAUAUAGAUAAUGUAUAAAGUGAGAGCUCUAGUGCAGACUGUAUACUUGUAUUACUUAAGUGCGGUUAUUUAGUUUUUAACUUCACAAAAGUAGUCAUAAUUUGCUUAAAUGCUACAACUAUGAUUUUUGUAAGUU